CAUGCCCAGGCUGACCACCAUGCAUGGACUUGCAAUGCAUUCCAGCAUCUGCAUGCGGAGGUUGCGGGAUUGAACUUGAUUCCAGAGUUUGAAUAUGAAUCUCCUACAUAUGAUUUGAAGAUUUGAUUUGUCUAUUUUACGUUUUCUUUCCACUCCUUCAUCAUUCUGUACCAAUUGUUUUUUUCCGAUAUUCCCGGAUUCCUGCUGGCGAUUGAAGGGGCCUAGCAGGUUGCCUACAUCGCUGCGUUGAAUCACAUCUGCCAAACCCGUCUUUCAAGCACUUGAUCGAGGUGAUAUGUGGUAUUAAAUCUGCCAGCUGCCCGGCAAGGCAUAAACUUCGCUCCGUCCUGCGCCGAAGAGUCAUGAACCGUUCUGCCAAUGGGAGUCGAUCUCCCAAACGUCGACGCAUACAUCGACCAAGUAUCCGUCAAGCUACUUUGAUCCUUCCUCGAACGGGGGAAAGAGUUAGAAGGGUCUUUACUCUUCAAUCACCUUCACCUCAACCGACUCCUGACGAUGGACCCGGGUUACAAAACGGUUAUCCAUGGUCGACACCGACCAGUUCCGGUGGUUCACCGUCCACCUGGUCUCGUAUUAAUGAUAUCCUGCUGAACACAUGGUCGAUAUGCGUAUCCCCCCUCGGCCAAGGGAUCCUGAAAUGCUCCCUAGCAUAUCUGCUCGGCAGCAUGGCCACUUUCGUCCCGCCCAUCGCGGCGAUCCUGGGGAAGAACGACGGGAAGCAUAUCGCGGCGACGGUCACGGUGUACUUCCACCCGGCGCGAUCGGUGGGGAGCAUGAUCCAGGCCACGAUGCUGGCGUUCAUCGCGUUCCUGUACGCGGCGAUGAUCUCGUUCUCUAGCAUGGCGGUGUCCGCGUUCUUCGGGAACAGGGAUAUGAUGGUCCUCGGACAUGUCCUGGUCCUUAUCAUCUUCUGCGGUGGUGGAUUGGGGUUCGUGGGUUGGCUGAAACAGAGGAUGGGGAAUCCGCUCGUUAACGUCGCUUGUUCGCUGACGUCGCUAGCGAUUAUCACCGUUCUGACGAAAGAAGGCGCCGUGCAAGCGGCGAUGUUCUCCUACGAGAAGGUUUUCCAGGUUUUGAAAAUGGUGCUGAUGGGCAUCACUGCGUCAAUCACCAUCAAUUUGUUGGUCACUCCGAGCUCCGCGCGGACGGAAUUGCGUAAGCAACUGGUCUUGGCCACCGACUCGCUGGAAGAUAUGUUGAGAACGAUCACGAGGGCAUUCCUGUCCGGAGAAGACGAGGCGACGAUGCAAUCAUCGUUUGGUGCUGCAUCAUCGCAGUUCAAGAAGACAUUCAGCAAGAUGACCACGACCAUCCAGGAUUCAGCCUACGAACACUACCUCCUUGGAACUGCGGCCGAGCAUCAAUUGAUGGUAACACUCAUGAACUGUGUCGAGCAACUUGCCCAAGAUCUAGGUGGUCUUCGUGGAGCAACCACUACCCAAUUCGCUCUCCUCAAUCAGUUCACCAAUAAUUCCGGCUACAAAUCGCCCGAUAUAGGCUCCCCACUCCUAUCUCCUUUCCGAAAUGAGACAUCAUCCCUCCUCUCAUCUAUCGGAGAUCUCUCCGUCAUCGACGAAGAGCCACACGAAGGCAGUAAUGGCCGCGUCCCCGAGCUGUCCGUCCCCGCCGGCCCUCCUGAGAUCUUCUCCUACUUCAUCGCCCACCUCGGCCCGCCGAUGAAGGCCCUCGCGUUCACCAUGAAGGAGAUCCUGCGCGAGCUUCCCUUCCGCACCACGCCGCCGUACGAGAUCGAAAUCGACCAUAACUUCAAAGACAGUCUGCGGGAUGCGAUGGACCUAUUCGCGCAGGCGCGGAAGGAGGCGCUGGAUCGGAUCUAUGAUAAUAAGGGACUCUCGAUCGCGUCGUCGACCGAGAUGGCUGCGGACCUGGAAGAGAUUGCGGCGAGCUGUGGGUACUUCAGCUCGUCGCUGCAGGACUUUGCGGAAGAUCUGAUGUUGUAUCUAAACGCGAUCGAGGAGCUGCAGGAACAUCUGGAAAUGGUUGGUGGGCCGCAAAGGUCGUGGAGCUGGCUUUUGAUUCCGGGAUUUUGGUCGAUGUUCCGACGCCGUCCGAAAGACGAGCUGGGGGACGAGGAGCAGCAACCGCUUCUUACCGAGGAGGAGAGGAACGAACAGGAACGGAGACCUACACAGACAAGCGAGCAAGUACGAAAACCCAAGCGGACGCUUCGAAGUCGGUUGGAGUGGCAUAACAUCAAAUCGUCGUUUGCGGGCGCGGUUUGGAAGACACUGUCGUUCCUCGCCCGGGAAGACGUCAAGUUCGCCGUGAAAGUCGGCAUUGGCGCCAUUCUCUUCGCGAUGUGGUCAUUCAUCCCCACCACGCGGCCGUUCUACUCCCAUUUCCGGGGAGAAUGGGGGCUACUGUCAUACAUGCUUGUAUGCUCGAUGACGAUCGGAGCGUCGAACACGACGGGACUCCAUCGAUUCAUCGGCACCUGCGUGGGAGCGGUUCUCGCCACCCUCGCAUGGAUCGUGGCCGACGAGAACCCCUUCGUUCUCGCCAUUUUAGGUUGGCUAGUAUCCUGCGGCUGCUUCUACCUCAUCAUCGGCCGCGGCAAAGGUCCGAUGGGCCGCUUCAUCCUCCUCACCUACAACCUCUCUGCGCUCUACGCCUACAGCCUCGCGAUCCAAGACGAAGACGAAGACGACGACGACGAAGGCGGCAUCAACCCGGAGAUCUGGGAGAUUGUCCUCCACCGUACCACGGCGGUCAUGCUCGGCUGCGUCUGGGGUAUCCUCGUCACUCGCUUCUUCUGGGCCAUCUCCGCCCGCCGCAAGAUGGUCGACGGCGUCGCCGUCCUCUGGCUACGCAUGGGCCUCAUCUGGAAACGCGACCCGCUCUCCCUCCUGCAGCUCGUCGAGGGCGAGGACGGUAUUACUAUUACCUCUGCCGCCGCGUCCGCAGCCGCGUCGUUCUAUCUCGAUAUCCGCGAGGUGCUACAUCUAAAACGAUAUCUCGCCCGGCUCAACGCGCUCAAGGCGUCCGCGGCGCACGAGUUCGGGCUCCGCGGUCCGUUCCCCGAAGCAACCUUCACGCGCCUCCUCGACAGCACAGAGCGGAUGCUCGACGCCUUCUACGCGAUGAAAGUGGUGAUCACGAAAGACCUCAAAGCGUCGCGCGGCGAGGCGGCGGUCCUCCAAUCGACGACGGAGGAGCGCGCGCACCUCUCGCAGCGCAUCAGCCACCUGUUCAGCGUGCUGGCGUCGUCGAUGAAACUGGAGUACCCGCUGAACGACACGAUGCCGAAUCUGGGGCAUCCGCGGGAUCGGUUCCUGGCGCGGCUGUAUCGGGUGUGGAACGAGCGGCGGGGGGAGGGGGUGUUGCGGGAGGAGGAUUUCGAGUUGUUUUAUGCGUAUGCAUUAGUGACGGGGCAGGUGAGUAAGGAGAUUGAGCAGGUGGCGAGGGAUUUGGAGGAGUUGUAUGGGGUGUUGCAGGAGGAGUCGCUGAAGUUGGAGUAGGGGUUGCUGGAAUCGAUCUUGGUACUUGGAUGGAUUGGGUGGUAUCUGGGAAUCCUUUGAGAACUAUUCUUUGCGAAGGAGCUGGAAAGGCGAAUAUCGAAGCUAACGGAAUGAUAGGCUCCUUAUCUGAGACCAUGUAUACUUAUUCCAUUAUCAUACCAAUCAAUAGUAGCAUAACCUAUUGUAAUAUCCUAG